GGCCGCGGCGGCGGCGGGAUGGGAGCGCCGAGAUGCCCCGUCACUGCUCCGCCGCCGGCUGCUGCACCCGCGACACCCGCGACACCCGCGGCCGAGGCAUCUCCUUCCACCGGCUGCCGCGCAGGGACGACCCUCGCCGGGCGCAGUGGUUGGAGAACAGCCGGCGCCGGGACCCCUCGGGCGGGGGGCGCUGGGACCCCAGCUCCAAAUACAUCUACUUCUGUUCCCAGCACUUCGAGAGCUCCUGCUUCGAGCUAGUGGGGUACAGCGGCUACCACCGCCUGAAGGAAGGGGCCGUGCCCACCGUGUUCGCCGUGGGCCCCUCGCGGCCCCCCCGGCCCCCCCGGCCCAAGCCCCCCCCCCCCGACAGCGACCCCCCGAAACCCCUGCGGGGCGCCCGCAGGUGGAAACGAGACCCCCUCCCGUCCCCGCCGGACCCCCCGUUCCCCUCGGACGCCUCCUGCUUCCCGCGGGACACCAAAGACCCCCGGCCACCCCCGGCCGGCGACCACGGCGGCGUCCCGGCGCUGCCCGGGCCCUGCGGCUCCAUCCCGGAGACCCUGCUGGUGGCCACGGGCGACGAGGAAGCCACGACCACCCCGGCUCUACCCGAGGGAGCCCCCCCGACCCCUCCGGGACCCCCGGGCCCGCCGUCACCGUCGUUGUUCAUGCUGCGGCUGCCGCCCCGCGCCGGUUCCUACAUCCAGAGCGAGCACAGCUACCAGGUGGGCAGCGCUCUGCUCUGGAAGCGCCGCGCCGAGGCCGCGCUGGACGCGCUGGACAAAGCCCAGCGGCAGCUGCAGGCCGGGAAACGCCGCGAGCAGCGGCUGCGGCUGCGGCUGGCCGAGCUCCAGAGGGAGAGGAGAGCGGUGCCGGAGCCGCGGAGGAGCCCCAAGGAACCGCCGGGCUUGGUGGAGUUGGAGCUGCUGGGAGACGGAGGAGGGAGCUGAGGGAUUCUCGGUUCCGCGAGGC